AGAAGAAGAGCGCCUCCCCUUCCCAGGAACCCCCCGUCGUUAUUUCUGGCUCUGUCUUCCUCGCUCGUCCCUUCCCUUCUCCGUCUCUCACGUCCAUCAGAGAUCGCCGCCGGCCGCGUAAUUGAUUGAUGCCGCAUGCCCCAGCCGGCGCUGCCUCCGUCGUCGUCGGACAUCCCGGAGCCCUCGGGGGGCGGCCGGGAGCUGGACGACGAGGACCUGGUGGAGGAGCUGCUGACCACCGUGAACUCGGCCCGCGCCUACGCCGACUUCCGGCGCACCCAGCGCAAGGAGUGCCACAGCCUCCUCCGCUGGCUCCAGCUCGUCCUCCCGCUCCUCGAGGAGCUCCGGGACUCCUCCCCCCGCCUCACCGACAACGCCUACGCCCGCCUCGCCCUCCUCGGCCGCGCCUUCGCCGCCGCCCGCCGCCUCCUCCGCUCCUGCCACGACGGCAGCAAGAUCUUCCUCGCGCUGGAGAGCGAGGCCGUGCUGGGCCGGUUCCGCACCGUGUACGAGAAGAUGAACUCCGCGCUCGACGGCAUGCCCUACGCCGAGCUCGGCGUCUCCGAUGAAGUCAUGGAGCAAGUGGAGCUGAUGAACGCGCAGCUGACGCGGUGCAAGAAGCGGAGGGACACGCAGGACAUCGAGCUGGCCAUGGACCUGAUGGUGAUCCUGCAGAAGAAGGAGGACGACGAGCGCGGCUCGGACGGGGCCAUUCUGGACCGGCUGGCCAGCAAGCUGGAGCUGCAGACGCUCCCCGACCUGCGCGCCGAGACCGUGGCCAUCAAGAAGCUCAUCAACGAGCGCAACGGCCAGCACCCCGACAGCACCAAGCAGAUCGUCGAGCUGCUCAGCAAGUUCAAGGCCGUCGCCGGCGUCGACGAGAAGAACGUCCUCGGCGGCGAGGUCGCCGUCACCGCCAAGUCCCUCGACAAGUGCCCUUCCCUCAUGAUCCCCGACGACUUCCUCUGCCCCAUCACCCUCGAGAUCAUGACCGACCCCGUCAUCGUCGCCAGCGGCCAGUCGUACGAGAGGAGGAGCAUCCAGAGGUGGCUGGACAGCGGGGAGAGGACGUGCCCGAAGACGCGGCAGCCAUUGGCGCACCUGUCGCUGGCGCCCAACUACGCGCUCAAGAACCUCAUCCUCCAAUGGUGCGAGAAGCACAAGGUGGAGCUCCAGAACCGGGAGCCGGAGCCUGAGCCCAUUGACGACAACCGGCCCAAGGAGGACAUCCCGUCGCUAGUAGAAGCCCUGUCCUCGAUCCACCCGGACGUGCAGCGGAAGGCGGCCAAGAAGAUCCGGGUGCUCUCCAAGGAGAGCCCCGAGAACCGGACCCUCAUCGCCCACAACAGCGGCAUCCCUGCCCUGAUCGGCCUCCUGGCGUACCCGGACAAGAAAGUCCAGGAGAACACCGUGACCUCGCUGCUCAACCUCUCCAUCGACAAGGGCAACAAGCUGCUCAUCACCAAGGGCGGCGCCAUCCCGCUGAUCGUGGAGAUCCUCCGCAACGGCAGCCCCGAGGGGCAGGAGAACUCGGCCGCCACGCUCUUCAGCCUGUCGAUGCUGGACGAGAACAAGGCCGCCAUCGGGACCCUGGGCGGCAUCGCGCCGCUCGUGGAGCUCCUGGCCAACGGCACCGUCAGGGGCAAGAAGGACGCCGCCACGGCCAUCUUCAACCUCGUCCUCAACCAGCAGAACAAGCUCAGGGCCGUCCAGGCUGGGAUCGUGCCGGCAUUGACCAAGAUCAUCGACGACGGCAGCCAGCUCGCGAUGGUCGACGAGGCGCUCUCCAUCUUCCUCCUGCUGUCGUCGCACCCCGGGUGCCUCGGCGAGGUCGGCACCACGGCUUUCGUGGAGAAGCUCGUGCAGCUCAUCAAGGAAGGCACGCCCAAGAACAAGGAGUGCGCGCUGUCCGUGCUGCUGGAGCUCGGCUCCAAGAAGCAGCCGCUGCUGGUGCACGCGCUCAGGUUCGGCCUCCAUGAGCACCUCUCCAUCAUCGCCAGGACCGGCACCAGUAGAGCGCAGAGGAAGGCCAACUCCCUCAUUCAGCUCGCCAAGAAGUGCUACUGAAUGCGGUGGGAUGGGGGAGAACCUAUUUGUAAUUGUAAUUCAUCUCGAUCUCUUUCUUCUUUGGGGAUAGAAAUGUUGUAUGUCAUGUUAUUCUUGCUGGAUGCACAUGUGAUGUAUUUCUGUCAAAAAUGCCAAGCUGUCACGUUAAUUUGACCUUUAGAAACAGAUUUUUACAAA